UGUGUGAACUCGGCCUUAUGAUGCUGAGUGUGGUUCACCAGCUCCCUCCUCCCUUCUCCUCCCCACUCCUUUCCACCAGCGCCACAGCAACAUCCUCAGAGUCUAGGCGAACGGCGCCCAGCGAGGGCACCGAGCCUCCCAGCGCCAGCAACCCGCGGCCCGGGAGACGACCGCGCCUCGGCACCGCCAGUCUCCCGAGCGCGAUGGCCAAGACCCGCAGGGACAGAAACAGUUGGGGGGGGUUUUCAGAAAAGUCCUAUGAAUGGAGCUCAGAAGAGGAGGAGCCAGUGAAAAAGGCAGGACCAGUACAGGUCCUCAUUGUCAAAGAUGACCAUUCCUUUGAGUUAGAUGAAGUUGCACUGAAUCGGAUCCUGCUCUCAGAGGCUGUCCGGGACAAGGAAGUGGUUGCUGUGUCUGUGGCGGGCGCCUUCAGGAAAGGAAAGUCAUUCCUGAUGGACUUCAUGUUGAGAUACAUGUACAACCAGGAAUCGAUCGACUGGGUUGGAGAUUACAAUGAACCGUUGACCGGUUUUUCAUGGCGAGGUGGAUCCGAACGAGAGACCACGGGUAUCCAGAUAUGGAGCGAAAUCUUCCUUAUCAAUAAGCCUGAUGGCAAAAAGAUUGCAGUGUUACUGAUGGAUACUCAGGGAACCUUUGAUAGUCAAUCAACUUUGAGAGAUUCGGCCACAGUAUUUGCCCUUAGCACAAUGAUCAGCUCAAUACAGGUAUAUAACUUAUCACAAAAUGUCCAGGAGGAUGAUCUUCAGCACCUCCAGCUUUUCACUGAGUAUGGCAGGCUGGCAAUGGAGGAAACAUUCCUGAAGCCAUUUCAGAGUCUGAUAUUUCUUGUUCGAGACUGGAGUUUCCCAUAUGAGUUUUCAUAUGGAGCCGAUGGUGGUGCCAAAUUCCUGGAAAAACGCCUCAAGGUCUCAGGGAAUCAGCAUGAAGAACUACAGAAUGUUCGAAAACACAUCCAUUCCUGCUUUACCAAGAUUUCCUGUUUCCUGCUACCUCAUCCUGGCUUGAAAGUAGCUACCAAUCCAAACUUCGAUGGGAAAUUAAAAGAAAUAGAUGAGGAAUUUAUCAAAAACUUGAAGAUUCUGAUUCCUUGGCUCCUUAGCCCCGCGAGCCUAGAUAUUAAGGAGAUCAACGGGAAUAAGAUCACCUGCCGAGGUCUGGUGGAGUACUUCAAGGCCUAUAUAAAGAUCUAUCAAGGUGAAGAAUUACCACAUCCGAAAUCCAUGUUACAGGCUACAGCAGAAGCUAACAAUUUAGCAGCUGUGGCAACUGCCAAGGACACAUAUAACAAAAAAAUGGAAGAGAUUUGUGGUGGUGACAAACCAUUUCUGGCCCCUAGUGACCUGCAGACCAAACAUCUGGAGCUGAAAGAGGAAUCUGUGAAGCUGUUCCGAGGAGUGAAGAAGAUGGGCGGGGAAGAAUUUAGCAGGCGUUACCUGCAGCAGUUGGAGAGUGAAAUAGACGAACUUUACAUCCAGUAUAUCAAGCACAAUGAUAGCAAAAAUAUCUUCCAUGCAGCUCGUACCCCGGCCACACUGUUUGUUGUCAUCUUCAUCACAUAUGUGAUUGCUGGUGUGACUGGGUUCAUUGGUUUGGACAUCAUCGCCAGCUUAUGCAAUAUGAUAAUGGGACUGACCCUUAUCACCUUAUGCACUUGGGCAUACAUUCGGUACUCUGGAGAAUACCGCGAGCUGGGAGCCGUAAUAGACCAGGUGGCUGCGGCCUUGUGGGACCAGGGAAGUACAAAUGAGGCUUUGUACAAGCUCUACAGUGCAGCAGCAACUCACAGACAUCUGUACCAUCAUGCUUUUCCUGCACCUAAGUCAGAACCUGCUGAAGAAUCAGACAAAAAGAAAAUGUAACCCAACUUUUUAAAAGUACAGGUGCAUGACCAACUAUCUGUUAAAUAUUAAGUUUUCUAUCUUCAUGCAAACAUUCAAAAUACUUUCAUCAGAACAGAGUAAAAUGUCAGAUACCUCUGAAGACUGCAUAAUGGUUUAGUUGACUUUUCAGUGUUUAAUAAGCAGACGUAUGUAUGCAUGGUUCUAUUAUUUUGUUAACAGGUACAACUUCCUAUUUUUGUCUUCAAAUAUGCUAUUAUAAUUUGAAGUAUUUGUCUAUUUAUGAUGACAGUACAUGUGUUUUGCUCGAAUUUACUAACUACUACUACUAGGUUAUAACUAAACCAUGUAGUAAUAUUACUCCACGUUUGGAUAUGCUCUUUUCAUUUCUACAGAGGAAUUCAAAAAUUAUUUCAUAAAGGCAUUUAUUGAAACACACAUUCCAGCCCAGCAGGCUUGGUUCAGUCUGUGUCAACUUACAUAUACCAUCUCUUAGUUAUUUCAAAAUACAUUUAAAAGAAGUUUUUCAUUUGACUUGUCAAAAAUCUUAUGUUGAUCUUUUAUAUUUUAAUUUAAUGUAGAAUAUAAACUUCUUGAUGAAAAAUGCACCCAGAUCACUUUGUAUAUGCAUCUGUUUCACUUCAUUGUAUAUUUUUUCAUUUGAUACAUAAAAAAAUGUAUUCAUAGGUUUAUUCUUUUAACAUGUGAACUAUUAUUAAAGUUUACUUUGGUUCCUAAGAUUAAAAACAA